AAAUCAACGGAUGCGGGCUCGGUUCUCAAAUUCUUAGUCUUCUCGUUGGAUGAUUAUAAUCGUUGCAUGUAGUCUUCCGUGCAAUGACUCGAGUUGUCGCAAAGUUGAGAUUCAACAAUUUGGUAAAAACGUUGGACUUCUCUAGAGUCAUGGUACGAAACGGUACAGUUGUCUUCUGUCUGCUUGUAUAGUACGUAUUUGAGUACGUACUUGAGAGGUUAAACGAUCGUGUACUGACGUUGCAGUGCGAAAUAUCAUGAAGAGUUUCGAAAUCGACGGGCUUUGAGAGCCGGCUGACCGCUUCGUAUAUGGGGUCUCCCUAAGACACGUGGGACAUGGGAUUAACCAAUGUUGAUUUAGUGAUUAGUUCCUUUUGCAGUUGCUUCAGGUGACGAUGUGGACGAUUUUGCUGCUCGCACUCUCCACGUGGUCUUCGUCAUGGGGUCAAGUGAUCAACCGAGCACCGCAUUUCGUGCAAGGUGGCGAUAUGGCCAGAUUGGCCGUGUCAGAAGGCACGCCACCGGGAGCACCUGUCUAUACUCUCCAAGGAGAGGAUCCUGAAGGAUCUAAAUUGCAUUAUUCCAUCAGCGGAGAAUACUUCACCGUGAACCGAGACACUGGUGUCGUGGUGCUGAGAAAGGCGCUAGACAGGGAGACACAGGACUUGAUCGAAGUGAUCAUCAGCAUAACGGACGAAGGAGUCGCAGGAUCGGAGCCUAACACGGUGUCCCUUCGACGGGAGGUAGCAGUGCUGGAUGAGAACGAUAAUCCGCCAGUGUAUCAUGGCAGACCAUACGCGGCUAGGGUCCCUGAAAGUGCACUCGUGGGUGGUCUACUGAUUCCUCCUGGUACGAUCACGAUCACGGAUCGUGAUGGCGGCGUAAACGCGGAUGUUCAUGUGGAAUGCGUUCCUGCAUCCCGAGACGACGAUGUCUGUGAAGUUUUCAAUAUUUCUACGGAAAAGUUAGCAGAGGGCAACUACUCCGUGCAAAUCGUUCUGAUGAAACCUUUGGACUACGAAAGGAGAAAUUCAUACCUGAUCAAUCUCUUAGCCGUGGACGGUGCUAGUAACGCGUCGAAGAGAUUACAAGCUAGAGCAACAGUAGCCGUCGACGUUCUCGAUGUCCAGGAUCAGCCACCCGUGUUCCUGAACGCGCCGUACAACGCAGCGCUUCCAGAGAACACGCCAGCUAGUCACACGAUCCUGACAGUCCGAGCACGCGACGGUGACACGGGAGAACCUAGAAAUUUGUUGCUGACGUUGGAGGACGAAGAGUCUGGACACUUUGAUUUGGAGCAGACGCGAGAAGGUGACGUUACUAUUGGCAAACUUGUCACCACCAAUGUCUCCCUCGAUAGAGAAGAUCCUAGAAUACUGCAGAACGGUGGGAUUUAUACGUUUCAAGUGAAAGCGACAGAGUUGAUCAAUAACGAGAUACCGGCUGAUACUGCAACGUCUAUUGUGACGAUCAUCGUCACUGAUGUGGAUGAUCUUAUGCCUGUCUUCAACGAGAACUACUUUAAUAUAUCGAUUUCGGAAGAUAUUGGGAAAGAGACACCCUUGCCAGGUCUAAACAUGAUCGUGAGCGACGGAGACGUCGGUGAUAACGCAAAGUUUACUCUAACUUUGAGAGAUGUACCCGAAUAUCCCGGAAUUAGCAAAGCCUUCACAGUGAAUCCUGAAAAUGCUCAGGGUCGAGUACCAGUGGUUGUGAAGGCUAAGGAUGUCAACGUGUUGAACUACGACGUGCCUGAUCCUGCUAAGAGAGAACUCGAGUUUGAAGUUGCUGCACUUGUUGCGGAUGAAGUGGUAGCCACGAGCAGAGUUCACAUAAACCUCAUGGACGCGAACGACCACAGCCCAGAAUUCUCUCAAUCGAUCUACAAACUCUCCGUACCGGAAGAUGCCGAGAUAGGAACACGUUUCGCCGACGUUUACGCUAAAGAUUACGACAGUGGAUCUUACGGCGAGUUGACGUACGUUCUGCGAGGUUUCGGUUCGGAUAAAUUCGUCACUGAUUUCAAAACCGGUGGAAUUAUCGUGGCGAAGGCGUUGGACUACGAGACCCAGAGGUCGUACUCGUUGACGAUGGAAGCAAUAGAUGGCGGCGGAAGAGUAUCCACUGUGAACAUCUUGAUAGAACUGGAGGAUGUUAACGAUAAUAAACCCAUCUUCGAGCAGAAUGAAUAUUCAAGAACGAUUCGAGAAGGAGCUACGAGCUUUGAUCCACAGGUGUUCGUCAGAGCAACCGAUGUCGAUGGCCCGAUGCAAGGGAAUGGGAAAGUGACGUACUCUAUUAGUUCACAUAACAGCAUGACGAAUGAUGUCUUCAAGAUGAACGCUGAAACUGGAGAAGUGACUAUAGCGAAACCAGUGCGUUCCGAUGACACAGAGAGGGGAAUAUAUGAACUGGUGAUUCGAGCUACAGACGCUGGAACACCUCCGUUAUAUACCGACGCAAAACUUUCGGUCAGGGUGGGAGUUCCGGGGAACCAGAAACCCAUUUUCCGGGGAAAUUACAAAUCCAACUUGCCCGGACCUAGCACCUAUCGGGCUAGGUUGCUGGAGAACGCCUCACCUGGGACGGAAGUCAUCAGGGUCGUCGCGAACGACCCCGAUGGAAGAGACAAUUUAUUGCAGUAUCAUAUUGCUUCCGGUGCUAAGGAUAAUUUUGUCAUAGACUCCAGUUCUGGCGUCAUCACAGUUUCCCCAGACGCCCGUCUGGAUCUGGAAUCAGGCGGCGACAAAUACGAAGUGAUAGUUUACGCCAUCGAUUCUGGAACACCCGUCAGGGAAACCGCCACCACAACCGUCACAGUGAACAUGAUAGACGUGAACAAUAAACCACCGAUGUUCAACGAGUCGACGUACCUCGUUUACGUAUCGGAAAGAGCAGCCAUUGGUGAACCAGUUCUCAAAGUAACCGCAACAGAUCCAGAUUCCGACGCCUACUUAGAAUACUCAUUAGUAGAACCAAUAAAAGCCGUCGACAAAACAGGAGUUGCCUUGAAGAACACCGCAUCAUACGACUAUAAAUCGGCGUUUCGCAUAAAUUCGACGACAGGCCUCAUAACAGUGAACCGUAUGUUGGAUUAUCAAGUGGCUGCUGUGAUCAGACUAACAGUUCAAGUGGAGGACUUGAACGCCGUCGUUGAUAAAGAAAAGCAAGUUACGAAGGUUGAAGUGACGGUUUACAUUCAAGCGUACAGCGAUGACAAUCCGACCUUCACGAACCCUGGAUGGUCACCGAAUAAUCCCACUAUCAGGAUUUCUGUGCCAGAAGAACAACCACUUGGAACUACUUUGCUGAUGUUGUCGGCGAAGGAACCUACCACUGGUUAUGCUGUUCAGAGGUUCGAGCUGGUGAGGGAAGAUGAUGACGAAGGAUACGUGAAUGUGGGAGUGCAGAGCGGGAACGUUGUUUUGAGCAGGAGAUUGGAUUACGAAAUUCUUAAUCAAAAGUUCAUUCGAUUCAAAGUACGAGCUCUGGCAAGGGACUACGAGAUAACAAGAAAAAUGUCUGAAGCCAACAUAAUCGUCGAGGUUCAAGACACGAACGACAAUAGUCCAGUCUUCACUCAGAAAGACUACAAGAUCUCUGUUUUGGAAUCGGCGAAACCUUCGAAAAUCGUGUUAAACGUUAAAGCCACGGAUAUGGACAGCUCCAACACAGAACAGGAAGUCAGACGAGGGUACGGCGAAGUUAGAUACUCUCUGAUUGGAGAGAAUGCUAACAUGUUCGAGGUGGAUCCUAUAACUGGGAACAUUCAGAUCGCUGCCAACACAACGCUUGACAGAGAAAGACAAUCGGUCCUCCGCUUCUACGUCGUAGCCUCGGACAUGCCUCAAGGUGGAGCAGAGCAGAGGAGCACCAGAGCUUUGGUAACCGUGGACGUUUUAGAUGUCAACGAUAAUGCUCCGGUCUUCGAUCAAGAAUUGUACACAGCCGUGAUACCCGAAAACGCGGCAUCUGGUGUCAGUGUGGUGAACAUCACCGCUACUGACCCAGACGAAGGCAAGGGUGGUGUGAUCAGUUACGAAAUCAUUGACGAAGGCGAAGCUAAUGGAUUGUUUAAAAUAAACCACACAACGGGAGAGAUCUAUUCCGCCCGAGCGCUGACAGGCAAAGGCAGGACGGAGCCGUACAUGAUGAGAAUCAGAGCCCAAGAUGGCGGAGAGCCAGAAUUAUACUCAGACGUGAUACUGACACUUUACAUAGGCGACGUGGUGAGCAACGACGGCGUUCCUCUGUUCAUCAGACCCACCCUCGAAGAAGUAGCCCACAUAGCAGAAAAUUCCACGAUUGGUAGCCCGGUGUUCCAAGUGGUCGCUUCCGAUCCUGACGAUCCUAACUUACCAGACGGGAAGAUCACCUUCAAGUUCCUGGAAGACGGUGAUUUCGGCAAGGACUCCAGCGCGUUCAGAAUAAACAGCGAGACGGGUUUGAUCACUACCAGAAAAUUGCUGGACCGAGAAGCGAAGGACAGCUAUACGUUGAUACUGGUAGCUCAAGAUCUAGGAAGUCCUCCUCAGCAGGCGACCAGGGUGCUUCAAGUGGUCGUGAACGACAUCGACGACCACAAGCCUCAUUUUAAAAGAAAUCUCGACAGUCCACCUGUGGAGCUAUCCAUCAUUGAGGAAGAGCCCGUGGGUACCAAAGUCGGAGUGAUCGACGCGAUCGAUGAGGACAUCGGUGAAAACGGGAUGAUUGAUUAUGCGAUCGUUUACGGUAACGAGGCCAGUCUGUUCGUGGUAGAAAGAUUGAGCAAUAAUUCGGCAGUGAUUAAGUCGAAUGGUCGCCUGGAUCGGGAGUCUUCCGACCGUCAUUUGCUUACCGUGAAGUGUUUCCCGUACUCCACUAAGAAGUCCGACGUAGUUCCAAAGCCGUACAACCGGCAAGAUCCUUCUGAACGACAAGUUCUUAUCAGGGUCCUCGACAUCGACGAUAAUAGACCCAUGUUCAAGAAGCAGAACAUCACUUUGGGUGUCCGACUGAAUGUGCCCAUCGAUACUAGUUUGAUCACGUUGGAGGCCUUCGAUGCAGACUCCGACGCUCUGCCUAUAAAUUACAGCAUGGGCAAAGCGUCCUUCGUGUCCCUGGUCGACCCGUCUAUGUCCAAGCGGGAGAUUCCCUCGCAUCUAACACUGAAUCCACAAACUGGUGAACUGAGGACGACUGGAUCAAUGUCGUCCUACGCCGACGGUUACAUGGAGAUCAUCAUCUCGGCGAACAAUUCUGUAGUACCUGGCAGAGAGACGAAUAUCACCCUGAGGAUAUUCCUCCUUCGCGACAGGGACAUGCUGAAGUUCGUGUUCUCUAAGCCGCCGGUAGAAGUCAGAAAAACGUUAGAAGACUUUGAGAGAGCCGUGCAGCAGGCACUGUCUCUCCCCAUCAGUGUUAAUGUCUACGACACCCAGUUUUAUUCCAAGGAUGACAACUCGCUGGACUUCUCGUCAACCAGCUCGUGCUUCCAAAUGGUGGGGAAGGAGGCGUACGACCUGGACGAGAUGAAGGCGCUGCUGACGGACCCGAAGAACGAGGAGUUGAAGAGGGUUUACAGAGCUUACAAUGUGGAGAAGGUGCAACACUGCGCGGCCUUGGUGGCUAGGGCUGACGCAUCCAUGACGCAGAUGUGGGUGCUGGCUAUCGCUGCCCUUGUGGGCAUUGCUACUAUAGUCUCCAGUUGUACACUAUGCUGUAUGCAUGCUAAGUACAAACGACAAGUAAAACACGCACGAUUGCGUGACCAGCCACGUCCACCAUUGAGUUACGUCUCUUCCGGUCCAGGAAUGGUCAGCGCCACAUCGCAUACGACACUGGGACCAGGUACUAUGGUCUCUCUGGGACCCCAUGAAGGACCAUACGAAUGGGGAGCUGAUACAACGCUGUAUCAUCCGAGUACCCUCGGAUCCAGGACCUAAAACGCAAACUGUUACGUUCGGGUCUGAAUUAGGAAGUUAGAUUAUUUGUUACCAAUCGAACAAUGUGACACUUGUAUUGGAAGACUGUUUGACCUGCAUUGAAUGUGAUAUGAGAUUAAAUUCGUUUCAAGUGCCAAUAGGGAAAUGUUCUUCGAGGGAUAUAAAAAUUCCAAAACUGUUUGAAACAGCAUACACGAAAUGGAUUAUGAACGUCAAUCAAAGAUAGAGUACAACUAAUUUUUUAAUUGCGACUUACUCAUUCCUUUCGAGGCUAAGUAGCUUCGCAUCAGGCAAUGGAAUUUCAAUCAAAAUGAAGGAAUUCGUGGAAAUCUGAUGGAUAAGGGACUAUGUGUGUGUCGAAGUUACGUGCACUUUGAAAGUAUCGAUUGCAGGCUCACGAAGGAACUGGAUAAAAUUGUGCAAUGAAGUCGACAAAUGGUGCUAUAAAGUAAGAUCGAAUAACUCGUGCCAAACGCCGGUACACUUGUGAAGUACGACGACGUUUUUUUAGGAUAAGAGAAAUUAACUCGCGUGAAUUGUAUAUUUCUUAAACCGUACACGAAUUUUACUUACAAUGUUUGCGACGCUGGUGUACGACAUUCGCGAGGUAUAUUGUAAUAUAUCGUAGUAGUUUCAGGAUGAAAUAAACUUGUACAUUUGAGUUAUGUUUAUAAAAAAUGAGGGAGAAUUCUUUU